UCUCUCUCUUUACUGUGAAUUACACAUAUACCCCUUCUUUGUAACGUUGUUUUGAAUAUUGCAGAGGUUUCAGAACACAUAAAGGUCGGUACUUUCUAUGAAAUAGAUCACUCGGAGCUCCCACCUCAGGUCCCUGAACAGCUCAAGUUAAUUCGGGUCGUUAUGGUGAGUGAGAAAGCGGUGCUCAGCGUGUCGUUGAGGUUCCCAAGCAUUCACUCUCUCCGUACGCAUUUGAAUGCCGAUAGCUAUGGCAAACCGGAGGCCAAAAAACUACCUGCGCUGGAUGAGAAAUAUGUAAUGGCAUCGGAAAUGGCGGCUGAAGUGCUUUUCCGGAGGGUUCGACCCCAGGAACUUGCAGAGAGGAGGAAUUCGUGGGGCUUCUGGGUGGCGCCAUCUGUGGCUUCCAAUAGAAAUCCGAGACCCCCAGAAUUAAGUGGUGGCCCCAGUAAUGUUGGCUCUAAGAGGGGUUCGUGCUGGUCUGAACUCAAGCUCACUGGCAUGGUUCAGUGGGGCAGGCGCCGGAAAAUCCGAUUUCUGGACGGGAAAGAAGAAUACAAGCCCAAGUCUUUAUCGAGCACUGAGAAAGAAGAAGAGAAUGAAGAUUUUGGUGAGGACGACGAAGCAGAAGAAGAAGAAGAAGAAGAAGAAGAAGAAGAAGAAGAAGAAGGAGAAGAGGAGGAAGCGGAAGCGAAAGAGAAAAAGACAAAAAAAGGUGGUGUCAAAGAUAUCAAAGCAAAGGCAGUAGAGGUUAAAACCUACCGCAGGAGGAGUAAGAGAAAGCUCCAUAAUAAGAAUAGCAGCAAAACCCAAAAUCCGAAACCAGCAAAGCGUCAGAAGCAAAAUCAAAUUUUAGUUUACGAUAGGACUAAGAAGAAGAAGGUCAAAAACUCCAUAGAUAGAUGGUCUGCUGCGAGGUAUAAAUUGGCAGAGGAGAACAUGUUGAAAAUUAUGAAAGCAAAAGGUGCUGUAUGUGGAAAACCAAUACUAAGGCCAGCACUGAGAUCUGAGGCCCGGAAGCUUAUUGGGGAUACAGGUUUGCUAGAUCAUUUGCUGAAGCACAUGGCGGGGAAGGUGGCACCUGGUGGCACGGAGCGAUUCCGGCGUCGACACAAUGCCGAUGGUGCCAUGGAGUAUUGGCUAGAGGAUGCCAAUUUGGUUAAUAUUCGGAUGGAGGCAGGGGUGCAGGAUCCUUAUUGGAUACCACCACCUGGGUGGCAACCUGGUGACAACCCUGCUCAAGACCCUGUCUGUGCCAGAGAGCUGAAGGAGCUUAGGGAAGAGAUGUCCAAGAUGAAAAAUGAUAUGCAGGAACUUGCAUCCAGGAAGCAAGAUGAGGAUUUAAUUAUUGUUACCACCCCUAAUUCUACUCUAACAAAUCUGCAAUGGGACCAUGAAAUUUCUGGACUAUCAUUGAAGGAAAUGUAUGUGGAGUUGGUGAAUAGGAAAGCGAACAUGGAAGAACAACUUAAGAAAAUUUCUCAAUCUUUGAGUGGAAUGGAGGAACAAAUGGGGAUGCUGAAAUCAUCAAUGGGAGAACAUAUCCUCCUGUCAGAAUCUGAAGCACCAGCAUUAAUAGGAUCACCUACAACUCCAUCAGACAAUGAAAGGGAGGCGAGGCAAAAGAACAAAUCGGCAUUAAAAUCAGGUGAAAUGCGAGAAGGUGAUCAGGGAAGGGACAAGGCGGUAGCUACUAUAACAGAGGACAAAGCAGCAAAAAUACAGAGACUUAAGAGUGGGUUCAGGAUUUGCAAGCCACAGGGGAGUUUCGUGUGGCCAAGCCCAAAGAUGACUUUCACAACCCCUCAGCUUUUGGUCCAGGUAGAUGAUCCCUUUAUGGUCCCAACCCCACCGUCAGUCUCCUCUUCCACUGCCUCAGCAUCCCGCCUCCUCCAUCAUAUAUCUCAGCCUCAAAUUGAGCCCCCACCAACCUCCCCUGUCAAGCCUUUGGCUGAGAAACGCCCUGUCUGCACAGCCACCCUAUCCACUGUUUCCAAACCUUCGGCCUCUGCCUCUAUCUCUACCUCUCCUACUCUUCCACCUGAGACAAGCCCCAAAACUUCCCUCAUCAACCUGAAUGAAACCCCUCUUGAUCAGAAUGAUGAUACUGCACCAUGUGGGACUCUCACCACGUACCAGAGAAGACAUCAUGUGGCGGCAAAUAUUGAUUCCAGCAAAAAUUUGGUAGCGGCUAAGAAAGAGGAUGGAGGAGUUGAAACAGAAAAAAAUAUGGGAGAGGCUUGGUGGGCAGCUCUGGCUAGUCGUAAUCCUUGUUUGAGCAACUCCAGCCGGAAAAACUGAUUGGGUCUUUUAAGUCAUUAUCCUGACCAUGGAAGGUAAAAAAUUUACAUUAUGCUUGCUCCUAGGUGAUAAGUAACUAAUGUCUUCAUAUUUUAUUCUAUCUUGGGUGGUUAAUUUUGGGGAUUCUAUUUCUAGGAGUGUUAUCUCCUUGGAGGAAAACCACAAAGAUCAAAAUAUCGACAUAUGUAUUGGUGAUUAUAGUUUUCUUUUAGAGAGUGUAUAUAUAUAUAUAUAUAUAUAGAUAUCUCCAACGUUGGAUGGAUUGCGUUACACGGUUACAAUAUUAUUUCAGGAGCUCCAAACAACAGUAAAAUGUAAAUAAUAUUUUACACACA